AUGAAGCUGAGAGAAAGUUCCUCUGUCAGCAUUCCCUUAGUCAUUGUCCUCCUCCUCAUCAUCAUCACCAUCAUUGUGGGAUUCAUUUUCUAUAAGAAGUGCUACAAAAGAGGAGUUGAGGACAGAGUGAAGCCACAUGGAGACAUGAUGAGGCCAGCUCAGGCCCAUGAUGAGCAUCAGAAGGCAGCUCUGGCUGAGCAGCACAGAGGGGCUGAUGGGAGAGCUGCACUUUCACAGGAGGAGAGUCAGACUGGUGAGUACAGAGAAGCAGCAGGUAACCUGCCCAUCACCUGCUUUACAUCAUAUUUCAUAUUUUAUUUCUCCACAGAAUCACUAAAUCUGGGGGAAUAUUCUGCAGAGAGAGGAGUGAAGACUGAGGGAGGGAACUCACCUAAACUCCCCUCCUCUACUGUCCUGUUCAGCACUCCUGUGUCUCCAUCUACUGCUCCACCCAAAACAGGAAAUGAAGAGGACACCACCCACACCCCAUCUGCUGCUCCACCCAAAACAGGACAUGAAGAGGACACCACCCCCACCCCAUCUGCUGCUCCACACAAAACAGGAUAUGAAGACGAUACCAGAACUCAGCUUAAGGGGAAAAGCAAGAAGAAAGAUGAAGAGGAAGAGGAAGAGGAAACAGCUGUAGCCAAUCAGACAGCAGGAUCCCAGAGGCAGAGAGAGGAGAGGAGGGGACAGGAUGGAGGUAAAGAUGAGACCCCAACAGCAGAUCCAGCCCUGGAGCUCCUCACUCCAGAGGAAGAGGAGGAAGUUCAGAGACAGAGUGGAGAAAGAGGCAGGACCUCACUUCAGGAGAGAGGCAGGACCUCACUUCAGGAGAGAAGCAGAACCUCACGUCAGGAGAGAAGCAGAACCUCACUUCAGGAGAGAAGCAGAACCCAGAGCAGGAAGAGGGAACAGACAGCAGGAUCCCAGAGGCAGAGAGAGGAGAGGAGAGGGCAGGAUGGAGGUAUUGAUGAGGGAGGAGCUCAGCCCAGUUGGGCAGGAGGGGGAGGAGAUGAGACCCCAACAGCAGAUCCAGCCCUGGAGCUCAACAGUGAUGGAGCCCACAGAACACCUGAUGGGAGUGUUGGGGUUUCACAGGAGAGUCAGACAGGAGGAGUUGAGGACAGAGUGAAGCCACAUGGAGACAUGAUGAGGCCAGCUCAGGCCCAUGAUGAGCAUCAGAAGGCAGCUCUGGCUGAGCAGCACAGAGGGGCUGAUGGGAGAGCUGCACUUUCACAGGAGGAGAGUCAGACUGGAUUUGAAGAGGACACCACCCACACCCCAUCUGCUGCUCCACCUGAGGAAGAGGACGCAGGGUCUUCUGAUGAGGCUGGAGAUCAUAAGGAGAACCCCUCUGAUGCUGAGGACGAUCAGCUCACCCCCAGAACUCCUGCUCCCACAGGUGAUUUCACACCUGAGCUCAUUGUCCAGUCUGAUGGGAACUUCACACUACAGCUCAAUGUUCAGGGUCCCAUGGAGGACAUUUUGUGGAGGUGGAAUGGUAAUAAGGUGGUUGAAUUCUACCAGAAGGGGGUGCGUGACUAUGGGAAGUUUCAAGGACGGACAAUCCUGGAUGUCACAACAGGAGCCCUGACCCUCACACAUCUCAGAGAGUCUGACAGUGGGGAGUAUGUGGGUGAGCUGCAGGUCAAAGGAGAACUGAAAUACCAUCAUCAGAAUGUGACAGUGUUUGAUGCUGUAGAUAAACCUACAGUCGCCUGCCAGGUGAACAGGACCUCCGUAACCCUGCUGUGCUCUGGGGACGACAGACCUGCCACUCAGUACAGGUGGGAGGGGCCUGCCAUAGAGCCCCAGCCAGGGCCCCAGCUGAAGAUAGAGGCAGCAGAGACAUCUGACUCAGUCUACACCUGUGUGCUCAACAACCCUGUGAGUGAGAGCAGAACAGAGCUUCCUGUAAAGAGCUGCUUCCCUGCACCAGAACGUUCCUCUGUCAUCAUUCCCUUAGUCAUUGUCCUCCUCCUCCUCACCAUCAUCAUCAUCAUUGUGGGAUUAAUUUACUAUCAGAAGUGCUACAAAAGAGGAGUUGAGGACAGAGUGAAGCCACAUGGAGACAUGAUGAGGCCAGCUCAGGCCCAUGAUGAGCAUCAGAAGGCAGCUCUGGCUGAGCAGCACAGAGGGGCUGAUGGGAGAGCUGCACUUUCACAGGAGGAGAGUCAGACAGAGAAGGGCCAUCGCAGACAGAAGGCACUCGUAAUAAGGAAGGCUGAGGAAGAUCAGCUCACCCCCAAAAUCCCUGCUCCCCAAGAUCUUCCCAAAACCCCUUCAUAUUCUUUUCAUCCAAACCAGACUUGGGGACAGACUCAGGGCCAGGUUUUAGGACAGAGUCAGGGCCAGGCUUUAGGACAGAGUCAGGGCCAGGAUUUAGGGCAGAGUCUGGACCAGACUUCAGGACAGAGUCAGGGCCAGGCUUUAGAACAGAGUCAGGACCAGACUUCAGGACAGAGUCAGGGCCAGACUUCACGACAGAGUCAGGACCAGGCUUUAGGACAGAGUCAGGAGCAGACAUCAGGACAGAGUCAGGACCAGACUUUAGGAUGGAGUCAGGGCCAGACUUCACAACAGAGUCAGGACCAGACUUUAGGACAGAGUCAGGACCAGGCUUUAGGACAGAGUCAGGGCCCGACUUCAGGACAGAGUCAGGGCCAGACUUCAGGACAGAGUCAGGGCCAGACUUCACGACAGAGUCAGGACCAGGCUUUAGGACAAAGUAAGAACCAGGCUUCAGGACAGAGUCAGGACCUGACUUUAAGACAGAGUCCGGACCAGGCUUUAGGACAGAGUCAGGGCCAGACUUCACGACAGAGUCAGGACCAGACUUUAGGACAGAGUCAGGACCAGGCUUUAGGACAGAGUCAGGACCAGACUUCAGGACAGAGUCAGGACCAGACUUUAGGACAGAGUCAGGGCCAGCCUUUAGGACAGAGUCAGGACCAGACUUCAGGACAGAGUCAGGACCACGCUUUUGCACAGAGUCAGGACCACGCUUUUGCACAGAGUCAGGACCAGACUUUAGGACAGAGUCAGGACCAGACUUUAGGACAGAGUCAGGACCAGACUUUAGGACAGAGUCAGGACCACGCUUUUGCACAGAGUCAGGACCACGCUUUUGCACAGAGUCAGGACCAGACUUUAGGACAGAGUCAGGACCAGAGUCAGGACCAGACUUCACAACAGAGUCAAGACCAGACUUUCGGACAGAGUUAG